CCACAUUUCGCUCAAAUGUUCAUGUCAUCCAAUUUAAACAAAUGUUCCACGUCAUCAUCGGAUAGGGAACGCAAUGAGUUUCUUCUACGUAAUCAUCCGUUAUCGCUACGCAGUACGUACUGAUAUUCUACGCUUAUUCUCUGCUUGCUCAUUUGGGUGUCUACACCUUGUUGCCGAGCCUGACCUCUUGUAAACUAUCCCAGGCCAGCAUCUUAUAAGCAAAAAUUAUCACAAACACAUCUCCGACCUUUCCUCGAACACUCAUCCUCGUGGAAUCUACCCUGGUCAAGUUUUGGGCAGCCAUGUCCACCAACAAGAUUCUUGACCCCGUAUCUGGUGGCACAGCGUCCACUAAUCUCUCACCCUCAUCAUUCGCACGUCUCCUGCCCGUCCAGCACCUCAUUUUCGAGCAGCUCUCUCUCGUCUGUCCCCUCACAGCACUCAGAAUAUCUCGGUUUUCCUACAGAAUCACUAUCCCCAUCCUCUAUCGAGACGUUACGGCAUCCAGAGAGCUCUUCAGAGGAUUAAAGCAAGAGACGGAAGAUUAUCAGCGCACAGUUCAAGCUUUAGCAUUCACCCGGGUGUUGCGCUUGACAGACUUCACCAGUAUGGAUGCUGUCUAUCACUUGGCAUUUGAUAUUGGAGAACCUGACCCGGAGACAAAAGAAAGGUACCCAAGGCUGUACCAGAACCUAUUCCCAAAAGUGGAGAAAAUCGUGUACAACUGGCCGGCGGUACAGUCAGAUUACCACGAGUACAUAGAUAUUUUGGAGUCUUCAUCAUUGGACUUUGUGGUCGGUCGCGGUAAUCGGUUGAGGCUUCAAUUGGGAGAAAGGUUUAGAGAGGUAGAAGUGCAUCUAGAGAAGGGGAGGAUUGAUUAUUGGAUGGAAAUUGAAGAGUUCAUGUUCUUCAAUGGCCCAAAGGAUGCGGUGAUCUACAUCGACGUGCAUAACCCAACCAUACUAAGAUCAAUCGGUAAAUUUAUGCCGCUAGCAUGGGCUAGUGCGGAGAAGUUGAGAGUCGUGGUAAAAGCCGAGGAACCAGAGUCCGAUAGGUUUUCAUCGAAAGAGGAAUAUGUGGAGCCUCUGGCGGGAUCAUUAGCGAAGUACGCGUCACGGCUGAGAGAAGGCGAUAAUCCAACGGAUGAGAGUCAGGUGGGACCUUUUCAGAGACCAAAGAAAGUCUUCUUUACCUUCCCAAACCGAAAGGCGGUGAUCGAGGAACUCUUUGAACGUAUAAUUGGUGAAAAGGAAGAUGAAGAAGCUGCGGCUCUGGAAGAGGUCAUAAAUGAGCACAUGGUGUUUGAGUGAUGACCAGUGAGGAUGUUCACUAGCCGCGCGAUUUGUCAACCGCCAUGAAGCUAUGGGGAAUUAGAUACAGAGGCAAGUUGAUCUUUAUCAUAUCUGUGUAUCAGUUGCAAGAAACCGAGUCUUAACGGCAUAGGUCUCGAACUUGCCGACAACUCUCCGCCUAAAGUGAGCUGAUUAGCCCCAAUCAUAUCUUUGCAGCAGCAGGUCGUCACGGCAGCCUGCAAAGCCGACAACGAUCAAGUCAAAGGGAAGGAUCGUCCCUGGCGUAGAGAAAAUGAUCAGAUAAUGUUAUAUACAUGCGCUACAAGGAGGGGAGCCUAAAACUCGUGAAGGUUGACAACAGUCUGAAAAGCCCAAAAGCUGCACAUCCAUUAGCAACCGUCUGACAGUCAAACGACACAUCCUGGUCACUUACAUGAUUAUAAUGACGCUUCCAGCGUAGACUCUUUUGACUCUCUAGUCUAGUCGAAUGCAGGGGGUUCCCACUCGCCUUCUUCUUCGCCCUUCUCUCGCAAUUCAAAACUUUUCCAGAAAUAAUCCCAAGUAGCUGUAUUCCGUCUCAUACCCAAAUCCUCAAUCAACUUGGCCAACUCUCUCCUGACAUCCUGUUCUUCUAUCACCUCGAAAACUGCUGGCACACUAUCUCGACUCGUAUGUAUCCGGAACAGAUUAUAUAUCGCAUACGCCGUGACUUUCGGAUCCACCGGCGGCCGCUUGUCAGGGUCCGCAUGGGGCACGAACCGAAUGACAAAUGGUGCCGGCGUCUUUGCAGGGAGGUAGACUGGUGCUUGUUGGGGUUGAAGAUGAACACGAAUAAGAAGUGCGAAAUCAAACACUUUUCCGGGCGAACGUCUCUGAAUUGACUUGAUCCAUUGACGCCUGCCUCUGUACGCUAUUGUCCUAAACACCUGCUCCACGGAUAUCCCAUCGUACGUCUCUCCGCUUUCUAGAUCCACGCAUAGCUUUUUCAUUUCUGGGAGCUGGUCUUCUAGCAUUCUCGAAAAGCUCAUUGCGUAGAUCAUCAUUGCAGACAGCCCUCCUGAUGGUGCUAAACCUUCUCGAGCAUCAUCGGGAAAGCCAUCAAUGUCGUGUGGCGGUGUGAGGAAGAAGCGAAGUAUAGGCCAACCUAUCUGGACGUUUGUAGUGUGUGGAAAGAGCGGAUAAGUGAUGUCUAGGCGAGGACGCCAGAAAGUAUCUGAUCCUCGCGGUAUUGGUGGCUGAUAAACUUCCCGCAUGAUACUCUCCAUCGCUUCUGGAUCCGAGAAGACUAGCGUUUUGACGAGCUGCAGAGACUUGGCCUUGCGUCCAUCUGGUCCAUCGGCGACACCAUGAAAGAAGCCCGGCGCAUUGUCCGAAUUGAGAACGACGCGGGUGUAGAGUUUUGGCAAGAGCUUCUUAUGAAAUGAUGGAGAGACGCGCAAUAAAAGGAUUGGAGAUAGCUCUUCGAGAUGGGCAAAGAUGAGAUGAUGGACCGAAUGCAGCGGCGCGAGAGUGGUGAGCUGGAUGUUUGGAAGUGGAGGCUGCGAAAGCCGGGGAGGGGUUACGUGUUGCUUGGUGAUGGGCUCUCGUCUGGCGGCAAAUAUCAUGGCAUCGUGAAAGGCAGAGGACAUGGCGAUGCCUGGGAAGUCGAGCUGACCGGUAAUUGGUAUGCCAGUUUAGGUUUCUUUCUGUUGGUGUCGAUGGAGAAUAAUGAAUGUACGUAUGACGGACAACGGGGCGAAUGAAGAAGGAGGUCGAUGUUACGGCGGUUAGGGGCGCUUGUUGUUUGCAAGACGGACAAGGCCGCUUACUAGUCGGCCGAAGACAGCAUUAGCGGAAUCAAACAAUCACAUUAGAAAAUAGUCACCUCUUUCACCUCCAAAGUAGUACUUAUAAACCUUAAUAAAAACGCCCCUAUAAGCAAGGCUAUUAGCCAUUUUCAUUGGAAGAUUGCAUAGCAAUCUGACCGAUUGCAUUUUCUCCUUUCUC